AUGGUCUAUAGCAAUGCUAAUCCCAUCAUAGGAUUCCUAUGCAUCACCCGAAUUACGCCAUUAAGAAUGAGCGGUCAGUUGUCUAGAGGCAAGUCCUCACAGACGGCCAGUUUUGUGAGGCGAAUGUCUGCCAAUACGGUCGAGAUUCUGGCCAAACAGACAACUCUUAUUAAAUUGGAUUCACUCGAUAGAAAUGAUCGAAAGAGUGUUGUAAGCAAUCACUCGACAUAUUCGGGUGAUUCAGAGCACUGGUCGUGGAGAGCAUUGAAGAGGGAAUUCAAGUCCAAAGAUGUCGGCAAAAUGUUUCUCAAAUACCAGUCGAGAUUACAGCACACCUUCUUCAUGGUUCUCCUCAUACUUAAUAUUUUAUUUAAUAUCAUUGCCAUUAUUGUAUACUUUUUCGAUAAGAAAAACGACGAUUCAUUUCCUGGAAUAUUCCUCAUUAAAAUAUCAUCUCUAAUAGUAUUCAUCAUAUUUUUCGCCAUCACUUGUUUGGAGGAAAUAUUAUUGCGGCCGAGAAUAUCACGAACAGUGGCCGGCAUUACAGUACUGUUGGCGAUGCUAUUUGAAGAAUACGGGUCCACUCUAUUCCCUUUACAAGACACCAAUCAUUCAUCCCCUGUGCAACAAAUUCUGCCGUUUUGUUCAAGAAUAUACUCGUGUUUGGCUACUAUUAUAAUAAUAGCCAUUGAAUUAACGCUUACAUUCAGGCAGAGAAUGGACAUGAAUUGCAAAUCCCAAUGCAUUCUUCGGUUCACAAUCGCAGACCUAUUCUUUUACUCAUUUAGCGCUGCCUUUGAGAUUGCAAUCCGAAAGGCUUUUAUAAAUCAUAGGUCUUGUAUUGAAUCGACUUCUAAACUAGAGUUAGAACACGAACAACAGGAACAGCUUCUAAGCUCUUGCUUUCCCAAACAUCUCAUCGAUGACGUCCGCAAUGAUAUUCGCACCACAAUAUCACAGAUCGCACGACAAGAAUCCAUACCAAUGCGACCUUUUAAUAAGCUUUACGUUAAAAAAUAUAAAAAUGUGUCCAUUCUUUACGCCGAUAUCGUUAACUCAAUGGUAUUGACGGCAUCUCUGAGUGCCAACGAUUUGGUCGAAACUCUUAAUGAACUCUUCGGUCGAUUUGAUGAAAGCGCUGAACGAAAUAAUUGUUUAAGAAUCAAACUUUUGGGCGAUUGUUAUUAUUGUGUUUCAGGACUUCCAGAAUAUGAUGAAAAUCAUGCCAUCAAUUCUGUGCGAAUGGGACUCGAGAUGAUUAAAAUAAUUAGAACUGUUCGCGAAGUGAGAGAAAUUGAUGUCGAUAUGAGAAUCGGUGUUCACUCGGGAAUGGUUUUAUCAGGUAUUAUGGGUCUUCACAAAUGGCAAUAUGACAUCUGGUCGUUGGACAGUAUGUUGGCCUCGUCUAUGGAGCACAACGGAGUGCCCGGUUAUGUUCACAUCACACAAACCACGUUUGAUCUACUCUUCCCCUCACAAAUCGAAGAUUAUAUAAUCAAAGAAAAGAUAACGGAGGGAGAGGUCGGGUAUUUGAUUGCUAAGAAAGAUGUCAUUUCUCAUAACCGAACAAAUUCUGCGUCGCCUAACAGUAAGAGGAAAAGACAAACCGAUAAUCUUAAGGCACAGAUCAACAAACUUAGAAGACGAUCGUUUGUAGAGCCGGGAUCUCAUUCUUCACGAAUUCCCACAACUAUAUUGGAGUCGAGAUAUCGAGAAAUGAUUAACUCUGUCAACAGAUUUAUGGACUUUGCCAUUGAGAAGAUGCCGCUCAACAUUAAAAGUCAUUGGUUACAUCCGCAAGAUAUUCAUCCAUUCCUUUUGUGUUUUACUUCGGGACUGAUUGGCAAAAAGUCUUUGGAUGGAAAAAACGAGUCGUCAAUCUUUAACACCGAGAAAAUGUUUGCCCAACAGUCGGACCCAUUCUUCAUUGACCAUUUAUAUCCGAGUGUUGAUUUGAAAGACUGCAAAUCAGAUAUUAUGGGUAAUAAUAAAACAGUUGAUGAAAUCAUUCAUUUGGCCGGAUGUGCCUAUUCUUGGGAUUAUACAAUGUGUGUGAUUUUGGCGAUGACUGGCGUCAGUCUAUUUAUUAGAAUUCAUUUAUGGCUUAAAUUUUUGAUGCAUUUGUUUGGCGUAAUUACUUAUGUAAUACUUUUCUAUAAUAAAUGCUCAAUAUAUCAGAUCGUGAGCAACGCGGAGAACAACUUAUGGAUUAGUAAUAUAGGAUUUGAUCCAUCGAUUGGACACAUCUAUUAUGUAGUAAUGGUUACGGUAUUACUACAUGUGGUCGACAGACAAAUUGAAUACAUAUUUCGGUUGGACUUCAAGUGGACGAAUAGACUCGUCGACGAGAAGAUUGAAAUGCAGACAAUCGGAGAGAUUAAUAGGAUUUUAUUGGAGAAUAUCCUUCCGGUUCACGUCGCCCAGCGAUACCUCUAUAACAGCUCCGUAUCCGCCGAUCAACUCUAUCACGAAUCAUACGAUUCGUGUGCCGUUAUGUUUGCGUCGAUUCCUAAUUAUUCACAAUUUUAUUCAGAAAAUUUCAUGAAUGAAGAGGGACUCAAAUGCUUACAAUUACUCAAUGAGAUUAUCCUUAACUUUGAUCAAAUGCUUUCUCACGUAAAUUUUCAAAAGAUUGAGAAAAUUAAAACAAUUGGCAGCACUUAUAUGGCAGCCGCUGGUCUACAACCCGGCAGAGGAUCUGCAGAUAGUGAGAUUAGUGUUGAAGACUUAAGAAGUAAUGUAAUAGUUUUGGUUCGUUUCGCGACUGCACUGAUGGAGACAUUGAAGAAACUAAACAAGGAUGCGCUCCAAGACUUUAAAUUGCGAGUCGGUAUAGCAGUGGGUCCUGUGAUCGCUGGUGUAGUCGGUGCUGUCAAACCUCAAUAUGACAUUUGGGGCGAUACGGUGAACGUGGCCUCAAGAAUGGAGAGCACGGGUAUUAUGGGACGCAUUCAAGUGACCGAAGAGGCGGCAAACAUAUUGACUGAAAGCGAUAAUUCAAAUGAGUUUGUUUUGGAAGAGAGAGGACUCAUAUUUGUGAAGGGAAAGGGAGAACUGAAAACAUAUUUAGUUAAAACACAAUUUGAUUUCGACGAAAACGAAAUCACAAGAGUUUGA